CUACAGAACGUUGUUGACGGCGGGUCUGGCUUGGCGUUGACACUGGUCCGAGGGACUGGCUGGCAUUGGUGCUAACUUGUGACUCUCAGUAAGACAUUCAGGGAACUCAUUAUGACCAUCAUGUGCAGGUGUGGCUGAUGAGCGAGCGGCCGCCGCCGCGCCGGCCCGAUGAGUGACAAGAUCGGCAGCCUGCCCACCGGCGUGUACGCCGCCGAGGGCAUCCAGAAGCGGCGCUACCGCAAGGGCCGCGUCGAGUUCCUCGUCAAGUGGAAGGGAUGGAGCCCCAAGUACAACACCUGGGAGCCGGAGGAGAACAUUCUCGACAAGCGGCUGAUCGAGGCGUUCCAGGGCAAGGAGAAGGAGCGGGACGGCACGCCGAGCCGGCGCGGGCCACGGCCGCGCCGGCUGCGCGAGCCCGACGAGCGCGCCGGCCCGGCCGAGCCUGCCGAGCCCGACGAGCCGGCCGAGGCCGACGAACCCAGCGAUGAGCCCGAUGACAAGCCGGAGCCCGAGAGACCGGGCAAGCGACGCGCCGAGCUGCUGAACGACGCCGGCAAGAUCGGCGUCACCAUCUCCACCACCGGGCCGCGCUCGCCGUCGGCCAAGCUGGCCAAGCUGUCGCCGCGCCGCGCGUCGGCCGAGGCCGGUGACGCGCCGCCCAAGUCGCCCAAGAUCAAGAUCAUCCCGCCGCGGCCGCCGGAGCCGGCCGAACGCGGCCGGCGCCGCGCCGAGCCGGCCGACGAGCAGCUGGUGAUGCCACCCGCCGAGUUUUGGCGCCGCGUCAACCCGCUCAUGGACCGCAUCGUCAUCACGGACGUGACGGUGGACGCUGGCACCGUCACCAUCCGCGAGUGUCCCACUGCUGAGGGGUUCUUCCGCGGCGCGGAGACCGACGCUGACACCGACCCUGCCCCCGCUCCCGCCGUCGCCCCCGCUGUUGGCGAGGGUGACAAGAAGCCGGCCCCGCAGCCGGCUUAGGGAGUGCACCGGGGCGCUGCCGCCAGCGGGGGAGGGGG